AUGAAUUGGAUAAUUAUUCAUACAAUCAAGACGAAGGCAGAAUCAACAUUGCUAACAAUUAAUGUCAGUUGUCAGACGACACAAAUAGCUAAAGAACAGUGUUUGAACCUUUCAACAAAAUACACGAUAAAUUCUUGGUAUUAUGGAUUUACUCACACCGCAGAAUGUUCUGCGCCUUUAGGCUAUGAAUCCUACGACGUACAUGAGAAUGAAGGAAUUCACAGAGUUGUUGUGGUAACAGUGCAGUUUAAAUUCGUUUACGAGGCUAUUCACACUCUUUUUGGUCUUCUUCUCAAAGUGACCAAACAAUUAACCUGA